ACAAAAGCACAAACACACAAAACACAAAAAUCAAAAAGCAAUCCUGACUAAUAAAUGCAAAUAUCCUGAAACAUUAUUGGCAGAUUUCAGCAUAUUAGAGGACUGAAUUGUUGAGGAUAUUCUGUCUGAACCCAGUUUCUCUUUUCCCCUCCCCAAUCACGUAGCAGCCUUGUAGUCCAAUCCUACUGUCGUCUUGAGUGCCUAAAUCAACCUAGAUAAUUCUAUCCUCGUCACGGCGACUUGUUCAAAUAGCCCAAGGCAAUCAGCCUCUGGUAUUUCCCCUGGCCACAGAGGUGAUGCAACUAGCAAGAGGCUCAGUUCUUUCUCUGAGAAUCGAAGAGGCCAGUUGUUAAACACUGACUAGCGCACCACCCGGAUUUUGGUCGUCCCUUGCCUUCCGAGGAUCUGACUACAAGGAUGUUACAUAAACAGCGGGCGAUUAAUAGGUGUUUGAGGCGCGCUGGAAAGAAAACACCCUCUCCGCGGAGCCAGCGGGCCCGGAGGCGGGGCGGGGCGGGGGCGGAUCCUCGGACGCUGCGGCCUCGCCCCUCGCGGCGCCGGCGCAGUGGCCCACAAACCUCCGCUCAGGCUCCGGUGCCGGUGGUGCUUCCCGGCAGAGCCAUGGCAGCUUUCCGCUUGGCCCUCAUCCAGCUUCACGUUUCUUCCGUCAAAUCAGAUAACCUCGCUCGAGCCUGUGGCCGUAUCUGGGAGGCGGCAAAGCAGGGAGCCAAGAUAGUUUCUCUGCCAGAAUGCUUUAAUUCUCCAUAUGGCACGAAAUAUUUUCCUGAAUAUGCAGAGAAAAUUCCUGGUGACUCCACACAGAAGCUUUCUGAAGUAGCAAAGGAGUGCGGCAUAUAUGUCAUUGGAGGUUCCAUUCCUGAAGAGGAUGCUGGGAAAUUAUAUAAUACUUGUGCCGUGUUUGGGCCUGAUGGAACUUUACUGGUAAAGCACAGAAAGCUCCAUCUGUUUGACAUUGAUGUUCCUGGGAAAAUCACAUUUCAAGAAUCUAAAACAUUGAGUCCUGGUGAUAGUUUCUCCACAUUUGAUACUCCUUACUGCAGAGUGGGCCUGGGCAUCUGCUACGACAUCCGCUUUGCAGAGCUGGCACAAAUCUAUGCACAGAGAGGCUGCCAGCUGUUGGUAUAUCCUGCAGCUUUUAAUUUGACCACCGGACCAGCCCACUGGGAGUUGCUUCAGCGAGGCCGCGCUGUUGAUAAUCAGGUGUACGUGGCCACGGCAUCUCCCGCCCGGGAUGACAAAGCCUCCUAUGUUGCCUGGGGACACAGCACCGUUGUGAGUCCUUGGGGGGAGGUCCUCGUCAAAGCUGGCACUGAAGAAAUGAUCGUGUAUUCAGACAUAGACCUGAAGAAGUUGGCUGAAAUACGCCAGCAAAUCCCCAUUUUUAGCCAGAAGCGAUCAGACCUCUAUGCAGUGGAGGCGAAAAAGCCCUAAUGUUUAUGUUUCCAACGUGUCAUGAAACAGGAAGAUAUGUUUCUACGACAUAAUCAACUCCCUUCUGAAUUCUUUAACGGAGAUUCUUUUUUUUUUUUUUUUUUUUUUUUAACUUCAGCCUUUUCCCUUCCUGGAUAGGAAGCUCUCUGUUGAGAUGGUGGAGCACCAACUGAUGCUGGUAUUCUCCACACCGUAUUAAAUAGUCAAAAAGGACUCAGGCUGGUGGAGACGAGCAGAAGGCAAGGGGAUGGCUGUAAGUCUUCCAUGUUCAAGUUGUCUCAAAGCAGUUAGUAAAAGUAUCAGAUCUUGGUAUCCCUGAUGGUUGAUUCACCAGAUACGAAUAUAUCUGUGUCAUGAACCUCUUAUCUGAUUGUUGGAGUUGGAAUCCAUUAUGUAGAAAACUUGUUCUUUGAGCAGUACCUUAAAGUUACAUUUUUGGUCUGUGAGUAGCUAUGGAAAGCAAGGUGAUGGAUCCUUGGUGUUUGCUAGAGGAGAUGGCAGCACCUUUCCUAGCAGCCUUUGGGCUCUUCAAAUUCAGGAAGGAGCUAACUAUUUAAGACCCCCUUAGUUUUAGGGGAAACAUUGUUUCAAUAAUGAGCCCCCUGGGAGAAUGGCAGUAGCAUAAUUUGGUCAAGGCAACUAAAGUGUGAGUCUCUGCAAAAGAUUUUCUUGAUAGGGGUGAGUGUCUCUUUUUCUUUUUGCUGUUCUCCCUAGUAACACUUUUAGCUUGAUAAAGGUAAGUUUUUAGCCUAGUGGUUUUCAGAAUCCUUUUACGUAAUUAAAAAUUAAGAAUUCCAUUGAGCUUUAUGUAUGUUAUAGCUAUUGGUGGGUUGGUAAAUGUUUAAUGACCAGCAGUCUGAGAAAAAGUCGAUUUUGCAGUAGCAUUUGCCAGUUUCCAUGGUGUACUUACUGCCAAAUUCAAGCUAUCAGUGUAACACCUCUAAACACAAAGCUGGGAAUAGAUGUGCUCGAUUGGCUCUUGUGAGCUGGUGCAAUUCUACUCUAGCACACCACUGUUUACAUAUAUAUAGAUAUUUGCCAUACUGGAAAAUAAAAUUUUAAAACAAAAGAAUACACAAACAUGCAUCCCAUUAUCUAUAAGAAUGAUGACAUUAUCAUGUGCGGUUUAACCAGCACUGUAUACGCCAAAGUGUUCUACAGUGAAAAAGGCAAAUGACUUUUUAAAAAUAAGUGUACAAUUUGGCAAAAUUUGACAUGUAUAUACGUGAAACCACUUCAAUCAAGAUAAUGAAUAUACCCACCACCCCUAAAAGCUUCUUUGUGCUCUUUUAUAAUCUCUCUGGCUACUGCUCACAUCCUCAGUCAAUCACUGAUCAGCUUUGUCACUAUAGAUUAGUUUGAAUUUUCCAAAAUUACCCAAAAGUGGAAUCAUACUAUAGUUUUUUGUGUCUUCUUUCACUCACCAUAAUUACUUGGAGAUUCAUCCAUGUGUGUGCUUCAGUAAUUCAUUCCUUUUUUAUUGUAUGGAUGUACUGUAAUUUAUCCAUUCACCUGUUGAUAGACAUUAGAAUUGUUUCCAGUUUUGGGCUAUUACAAAUAAAACUGCUAGCUACAUUUUGUACAAGUU